GUCACUUGAAGACUUGGACUUGAGGAUGGUUGUGGAGCUGUACAGCCGCCCAAGUCAUACAAAUUUGCUUGUCUGCAAGUUUCGGCCAUGGAUACCAAAACCAACCUAAUGAAGUCCAUGGUUUAUGUUAUUUUGUUAUGCCUAAAUCUCAAAACUCAUAUCUCUCUUGCAGCUGACACCAUCACUAUAAACCAAUCUCUCUCUGGUUAUCAAACCAUUCUUUCAGCAGAUGGUGCUUUUGAACUGGGUUUCUUCAGUCCAGGUAGUUCCUCAAAGUCCUAUAUAGGCAUUCGGUACAGGUAUUCAAACGUUGUCUGGGUGGCAAAUAGGGAGCAACCGGUCACAAACACAUCUUCGUCAGAAUUGAGGAUCUCAGAUGGUAAUUUGGUUCUGUUUAAUGAGUCCAAAAGUCCAAUUUGGUCCACAAAUGUGUCCUCCACCUCAGGUACUUCUGUUCGCGCAGUUCUUUUAGAUGAUGGGAACCUCGUUUUAAGAGCUGGGUCUAAUUCAUCCCAGCCCUCAUGGCAGAGUUUUGAUCACCCAACUCAUACUUGGCUACCAGAAGGUAGACUUGGGUUCAGUUCUAUUACUAAACAAAGACAAAUUUUGACUUCAUGGAAGAGUUCAGAGGAUCCUGCACCAGGUCUCUACUCUCUUGAGCUAGACCCAAAUGGAACUAACUCAUACAUCCUGCUGUGGAAUAGGUCUAAACAGUAUUGGACCAGUGGACAUUGGGAUGAAAAGAGUCGUACAUUCAGUUUGGUUCCUGAGAUGAGGCUUAACAAUAUCUACAAUUUCAGCUAUGUUAAAAACAAAAAUGAGAGCUACUUCACCUAUUCUCAGUAUGGUCCUAGCACAAAUCGAUUCAUAAUGGAUGUAUCGGGUCAGAUUAAGCAAGAGUCCUGGUUGAAAACUGGGGGGUGGAACUUGUUUUGGUCUCAACCAAGGAAACAAUGUGAGGUUUAUGCUUGUUGUGGGGCAUUUGGCAGUUGCAAUGAGAGAUCUUUGCCCUUCUGUAAUUGUUUGAAUGGUUUUGAGCCGAAAUCGAAGGUGGAAUGGGAUUUGCAGGAUUAUUCUGGUGGGUGUUCAAGAAGAACCGGUCUGUAUUCUGGGAAUGCUACUAGUGAUAAUGCGGAAAAAGACCAAUUUCUAGACAUGCCUAGCAUGUCAUUACUUGAAAAUCAAGUCUCUGUAGAUGCUGUGAGUAUUGUGCAAUGUGAAUCAAUCUGCUUAAAUAACCGCUCUUGCACUGCUUAUGCUUAUGACAGCAAUGGAUGUUCAAUUUGGAUUGGAGAUCUCUCCAAUCUGCAACAACUCACAGGAGAAGACAGUGAUGGAACAACAUUGUACCUCAGACUUGCAGCUUCCGAGUUGAAGAAUUUUAAGAGUGCCAAGAGUCAUGCUAAUAAGCGGUCCCUUAAAAUUGCUACAGUCUCAGCAACAGCAGGAUUGCUUACAGUAAUUGUUGGCUGCAUCUUAUGGAAGAGAACUUUGGGAAAGAGAAGGGAGCGUAGAAGGAAGUACGAUGAGACUAUAAGUAAUGUUGGUGCAAAGAAUGAUGCAGAACUACCAGUCUAUAGUUUAAAGAGCAUAUUAGUCGCUACAAACAACUUCUCUGAAACUAAUAAACUGGGAGAGGGAGGAUUUGGCCCUGUUUAUAAGGGUAUUUUAACUGAAAGUCAGGAAGUAGCCAUAAAAAGGCUAUCAAAGAAGUCUGGGCAAGGACAUCAGGAGUUCAUGAAUGAGUUGAAACUCAUAGCCAAGCUCCAACACACCAAUCUUGUUAGGCUCUUGGGUUGCUGUAUUGAAGAGGGGGAAAUGAUACUGAUCUACGAGUACAUGCCUAAUCGAAGUCUUGACAAAUUCUUGUUUGAUGCAUCUGAACUAACAAAUUUGGACUGGGAUAAACGCUUUCAAAUUAUAGAGGGUGUUGCUCAAGGAGUUUUAUAUAUCCACAAAUACUCUAGACUGAAAAUAAUUCACAGAGACUUAAAAGCAAGUAAUGUUCUGUUGGAUGAAACAAUGAAGCCCAAAAUUUCUGACUUUGGAAUGGCAAGGAUCUUCGGAAUAAAUCAAACUGAAGCAAAUACCAACAGGGUUGUUGGGACAUAUGGAUACAUGGCACCAGAAUAUGGACUUUAUGGCCAAUUUUCUGAGAAGUCAGAUGUAUUUAGCUAUGGGGUGUUGUUGCUAGAGAUUGUGAGCGGAAAGAGGAGUGGUAGUUUUUACCAUGUUGAACAAGUAGUCACUCUUGCUGGAUGGGCAUGGGAAUUAUGGAAAGAAGGUAAAGGAAUGGAGGUGAUUGAUGCAUCCAUAAGGGAAACAUAUCGGCCUCAUGAAGCUUUAAGGUGCAUCCAUGUUGGUUUCUUGUGUCUUCAACAGUCUCCUGCUGAUCGACCGACUAUGUCUUCGGUAAUUCAUAUGCUGCAAGCCAGUGAUGCAACAUCACUUCCACCCGCUAAAGAACCUGCUUUUUCUACUGAUAUUAGGAAUUCUAGUGCCCGUGGUUCCUCUGAAACAUCUACCAGAUUUUCCAACAAUGAAGUCACCAUUAGCUUGCCAGAAGCUCGGUAGAGGUUCACUGAUGAGGUUUGAUACAUACAUAUGGCUUUAUAAUUAUUUAGGUGGAAAAAUUUUGGUUAGGAAAAAAAAAAAAAAAGAACAUGCAAUUUUGACUAAAAAAUCAUGUACUAUAUAGUUUACGGUUUAUUAUAGAAAAUCAUGGACUUUGGCCAAUA